AACUUUUAACAGGGAUUUUUCUUCUUCGACUUCUCGAACCUUUCUGGAAGCCCAAAUUGUUCACGUUUACGAUAGGGGUAUGCAAGAAAUCCGAAAUAGCUCUGCUGUUCAAACUCUCCCUUUACAAACACCCCUCACUAUCGAGCUAAACAGCCAAGCGUGCCUGGACCUGGAUGGCACCGGGUUCCUCGGAUGGGGUUGUUGAGGUAGCCAUGGCUUCCGGAUCCAAUUGGAGAUCUUCCUUGGGUGCAACGGAGCGGUACGCAAACAUAGAGAAGUUGAGGAAGAGUAAUGAAGCAAUGGGGCUAAGUUCGACUGGAACUGCCCAUAAGACCGCUUUUGAUACAGAAGCAGAUGCGUACAAUACCUCUGCAUCAAGAGAAGCGUACGAUGGCGCCUGCAACGGCAUCAUCACUGUCGCAGCGGAUCUGGGACACCCCGAUACAAUUCCUGAUACGCCUGGAAUCUCAAUAGGUACCUAUCGAGAUUGUCACUAUCUGGCGUCAGGUCUCGUAGCCGAAGUCUAUCGGUCAAAAGCCGUUGCUCUGAAAGUCAUCACCGAGACCAGAGAUGUGGAACCCCAUAACCCGGCCCGAGAAGUCAAAAUCUUGACAGAAGCAUCUCAUUCGGCCAUUAUAAAGAUAACAGAGACAUUCAGAGACCAAGAAGGAAGGCUCGUGCUAGUUUUCCCCUUCAUGCCUCUCACACUCGCCAAGAUCAUCGGCUCAGGGGCUGUUGCGGACAGCCUCACACGCUCAUGCUUCCAUGAUCUCUUCUCAGCUCUUGAAUAUCUCCACGCAAGUGGAAUUAUUCACCGGGAUAUUAAGCCAUCCAAUCUUCUCCUAAAAUCAAAGACAGGACCAGCAUAUCUCUCGGACUUUGGCACAGCAUGGCAUCCUACAUUUUCAGCCGUAGAUGAGCCAUCGAGUCACAAAGUCCUCGAAGUAGGUACCACCUGCUAUCGAGCACCGGAAACUCUUUUCGGCAACAGAUCAUACAAUUCGAGUCUCGAUAUGUGGGCAGCUGGCACGAUGCUCGUGGAGUGUUUACGAAAUCCGCCGAAAUCCUUAUUUGAGUCCAGAGAUACCUCGGAAGAUGGAAAUCAGCUGGGGCUGAUAUUGAGCAUGUUUAAGACUUUAGGGACACCGAUGAAGGAUACUUGGCCUGAAGCAGCGAGCUUCUCAACUCCGCCUUUUGAGUGGUAUCAGGAGUUUCCGGGGCAUUCGUGGGAGGAGUUAUUGCCUGGUGUAGGUGGGGAUGCUAAGGAUUUAGUGAAAGGAUUGGUCUGCUAUGAAAGCGGGAAGAGGUUGACUGCUGCUCAAGCUUUGGGUCAACACUUUGUCAGCAGGAAAUAAUAAAAGAACAAGUUAUGAAUCACAACUGGAGGCAAAGAAGAGGCAGUGAAGUCGAUGCAUCUCAUUCCAUAAUGCAGCUCACAACCCAUCAUGCAUUCUUUAAACCCCC